AUGGCUAUGAAGAUGCGACAUCGACUACACAACGUGGAGUUCAAGCGGCCGACGUCCGUUCCAGAGAGCCUAGCCGUCGCCGCUGUGGAGUCCGAGCCGCAGCCGGCUCGUGCGCCAAAGACACCUGGAAGCACUUUGCUUCCCAUCAGUGCUGCGCAAGCCUAUGAUCAAGAAUGCUUGCUUGGAGAUCCCAAAUUCCUUGUCAAAGGCUACCGCGAUCCACGCAGAAGACACCUUCUUGUAACACAGCCGGUGGAUGCCCUUGCCAGGACGUAUAGCGUGAUGUACAUCGUAGGAACUGACAACUUCGCGGGAUUGAAAACUAUUUUCAAUCAUCCGCUCAGUAUUCUGUUGCUGGCCUGUCCACUCGGGGUCCUGCCGGCAUGUCUUGCCCGAAGAUCCAAACGCUUUGUGGGAAGCCAGCCUGCCCCGAUCAUCCCCGAUCUAGCAGCACAGUGCAUUCCAAUGAGCAUCAUGUGGUGCUGCUGCUGCUUCUGCUGCUGCUGCGGCUGCAGGCUGCUACUUGGUCCUGCAGGUUGUUUUGGAACUAGCAACAUGCGUUGA